CCGAGCCUGAUAUACGAAGAAUUCGGAAAUCGGAAUUGAGUUGGUAUUAUAUUGAUAAUACCUACCGUGUUUUUGUGUAUUUUGUAAAUCUUUUUCAAUAAUUUCAAGUAUUAUAUGUAAACAACGAGGAGUUUAUUUAUAGUGCUUUUUUAAAAGUACACAUAAGACUGACAGUGGCUGUAAUAUUCGAACGAUACAAUAAUAAAUAAUAAUAUACGUAUUUACAAAAAUGUUAUGUAGUUACACAUGAUUCGCUACGCUUGGCCAUGACUGGAAAUACUAUAACAAGGUUCACCUUGUUAAACCUCGAACUGUUAUGCUAGUUAUGAUUCACAAGGUUAGAGGUUACUGGGAUGCCUAAUUAAGUUGAUUCGUGUUUGAUAACUAGCCUGGGGCGUUGACUUCUCUGAUAGGAAUCCGACAGUGAGUAAUCGAUGCAAUGAUUGAGAGUGUAUCACGCCGUGCCUUCAGUAGUUCUAGUGGGACAUACAACGUUCGAGCAUCGGAACUAGCCAGGGAACGAAAGCUUAAUAUUUUCAAUGUCACUGUACUGUUUUUGGAUGACACCCAGCAAUCGUUUCAAAUCGAGAAAAAAGCAAAGGGCAGUGUUCUACUUGAGCUAGUUUUUCAACACCUGGAAUUGGUUGAGAAGGAUUAUUUUGGUCUGCAGUUCACUGAAAAUGGAUCUCCGCCAAGUGCAACAAAUACAGAAAUAACGCGUUGGCUCGACAGCAGCAAAUCAGUGAAGAAACAAGUUGGUGUAAAUGCACAGUUUUGGCUCGCUGUACGAUUCUAUCCACCGGAACCUUGCCGUCUUUCCGAAGAGUUUACAAGAUAUCUACUCUGUUUGCAAUUAAGGAAAUUGCUUUUGGAUGGUCGUAUGUCAGCGCCUAGGAACACAGCUUUAUUGCUCGCUUCGUUUACUGUACAAGCGGAACUAGGCGACUACAACACCGCAGAACAUUCGAACACUUAUCUCUCUGAUCUCUGCCUGUUGCCCAAACAGAGUUCAGAGGACGAGCGUCGUAUCCGCGAAUUGCACAAGUUGCACAAGGGCCAAGCACCGGCAGAUGCUGAGGCGAACUUUCUAGAACACGCCAAGAGGUUGGACUGUUAUGGUGUGGAAUCACAUCCCGCUAAGGACUACAAUGGUAAAGACAUAUUGAUUGGUGUAACGUCAAUUGGAAUAGUUGUCUUUCAAAAUAAUAUUCGAGUGAAUACAUUCUCUUGGAGUAAAAUUGUCAAGAUUUCCUUCAAGAAGAAACAAUUCUUCAUUCAAUUGAAAAGGGAACCAUCUGAAUCCUACGACACGGUAUUAGGAUUCAACAUGCGUUCCGGUCGAGCGGCGAAGGCAUUAUGGCGUUGUAGCGUAGAGAGACACGGGUUCUUCAGACUCAGGGCCCCACGACGGAGGCCCUUGUUGGGAGCCCUGGGGGCCCUAGCUGGUGUCACCGCCCCUACCGUGGCUAGAACUGAAACACAGGCUUUGGAAGACGCAAGACGAUCACGAUCGAGUAAUAGGAGCUUUGUUAGACGCAGCAGUUCCCGAAAUCGCGACCGUUCCGCGGGCGCGUCUCCAGCGUUAGUUCUCAACUCUUCCGCUAGAGGGUCUAGAGUCACCGGCCACAACGAGCCGCCGCCGAGACAGGCCUGGGGCGACGCCCUGCCUGUGGAAAAUGAUGAUAGCGACGGAGGUUUCCUCGAGCGUGCCCUCCGCGUGCCGCUAUCUUACGUAGACGAAUCCGAAUCCGAGUCCCCAUCACAAGAGGGUGAACCAGAGGGUGCAGUGUGUGUGCGUCUCUCUGCUGGGCCGGAUGGACGGUUCGGGUUCAACGUGCGGGGUGGAGGGGGAGGGGCACCAGUACUUGUGUCGAGAGUUGCUCCAAGGACAAGGGCGCACUUGCAGGAGGGCGAUCAGGUGAUAUCCAUAAAUGGAAAAGAUGUAGAUGAAAUGACGCAUGAGCAAGUCGUUCAAAUGAUCAGAAACACUAAAGGCGUCCUCACUUUAUUAGUAAAACCAAACGCGGUAUACGAGCCAGAAGAAGCGGGUCCAGAGGAACCGGCGGUAUGUUUUGUCCCGCUCGGUUCCGGGCAGUUCGAGGGAGACGCACUAGAACAAUCUAUGCUGUUGCUAGGUGAUGGUUUGGCAAGUGGUGCGGCUCUAAAACAAUAUGAGACGUUACUGCGGAGGCUUCCAGAAGAAUCUACAGCGAUCGCCAAACUGCCUAUUAAUGUGAAUAAGAAUAGAUACAGGGAUAUUGCGCCUUAUGAUUCAACUCGGGUAAUUUUAAAGAAUGGACCAACAGGAGAUUAUGUAAAUGCAUCAUAUAUAAAUAUGGAGAUACCAAAUUCAGAUUUAGUACUUACGUACAUAGCUACUCAAGGUCCUCUUGCGUCCACGAUUGGCGACUUUUGGCAAAUGGUUUGGGAAAGCGAGAGUAGCCUUAUAGUAAUGCUGACGGUAUUGGCUGAGCGAGGUAGAGCCAAGUGUCACCAAUAUUGGCCAAAAGUUGGCACUACACCACUGAAAACGAGCAAUUCCCUUACCGUCCUUACUAAUAGUGAACAGAAUCUCGGACAUUAUGUACGCAGGGAAAUGGUUUUGAAGGAUAACGGUGGAGCGAGUCGUAACGUGACACAACUGCAAUACAUAGCCUGGCCGGACCACGGCGUUCCAGAAGAUUCUACAGCUUUCAUUAACUUUAUCCGACUGUGUUCUCAGUUGAGAAACCAUCGGGCUGUUAUACCAACAGUUGUAGAAGAGCUAGAAGGUGAAGGAGAAGAAGAGAGAGUCCUCGAGCCGCCCAUGAUCGUGCACUGCUCGGCGGGAGUAGGCAGAACCGGGGCUCUCAUACUAGCGGAGACUGCACUAGAGCUGCUGGCGCGCAGGCAGCCGCUCUACCCGCUCGACCUGGUGCGGGCGAUGCGCACGCAGCGGCCUAUGUGCAUACAGAACGCGAGCCAAUACAAGUUCGUGUGCGAGAGCAUCCAGUCAGCGUACUCGCUGGGGCUCACGGGCCCGCCCGAGCCGGCCAACUGAUAGCUACUGCUGCAUCCCUCGCGGGAUCCGUACGUACGGGCUAUGAUGGCCGUCAUCAACGCGGUCCGGACUAUGUGUUGUGUCAAAUUGUAUAGGUGACAAACACUUGAGUAGUGUGUGUAUAGUGUAAACCGUGCUGGAAGUGGAGUGAAUCUAAAAUCACAAUAUACAGUUUACACCGUGUUGAAAAUGAAGUGAAUCUAAAUUAGUGCGAGUGAAAUAGUAGGCUGUUUGGCAACGUGCAAGCGAUGAUUGCCGUAAUCAACGAGUACAGAAUAUGUGUUGCGUCACAGUGUUCACGACCAACAUUUGAGUAGUGUGUGUAUGCACUGAGCUGGAAAUAGAGCGAAUCUAAAUUAUUGCGAGCGAGAUGGCAUACUGUCGAUUGUUAACGUGCGAGUGAGAUGGCAUAUCGUCGAUUGGCAACGUGCGAGCGAGACAGCAUGCUGUUUCAAGAUUUGUCCAUCUAUUGGCGCGGGUCGUAGUGUCGAUCCUUCCGAAUUAUACGAAUAUUGAUUAAGGAAUGUUUGUAUAGACCAUAGAAAAGAUUGAUUCAUUGAUUGAAUUUAUCAAAUCAAUACGUUCAAGAUUGGAAUGGAUAGUUAGUGUUUUUCGUUAUUUCAAUUUGGAUGUGAACUUUUUUGUUAAGAUGUAUUUGGACUAAACAUUUAUUUUACAUUGACUGGAACAUAAAUUAUCCUAUUUGGAUUUUUGUGAACAAAUGGUUUUAGUACUUUUAGUAGAUGAAGUUCUAAAAGUUGUUUACAAUGGUAUUGGUCCAAAUACAUCUAAUUAUAAUAACUUGUGAUUUUGGUAAUUUUUACAUGUUCUCUGUAUUUUGUAAUUUAAAUUAGUACGCACAUUUAUCUUUAUAUGUUUGUUACAAUUUAUAAGCAAUUUUGUAAAUUUUAUCUCCAGUUUUGUUUUACAGUAAUAAGUAAUCUCGAAUAACUCCAAAAGCGAAAGGACAUAUCAAAAAUAUUCUAGCAGUAAGAAUGACUAUUUAUUUUGAAAUUUAUUUAUUUGUAAAUUUAGUUUAGCCUUUGAUAAUCAAAUGAAAUUUAGGUUAUUUUUCUUGCCACGAAUUUACUAAUCGUUUUAAGUGCUGACAACUUUGGUUUUGUAAAUUUCUUAUCUGUGCCAUUUGUAAAUUUAACUUUCUUAAUCGUGUACCUUUAUGUGCAGUAUUAAUUAUACGUAAAUAAUUACUAUAUUAUGUUUGAAGUGUUCAUUUGUGGGGAAUUUGGGCCCAAAUGUAAGGAAAUAUGAAAUUAAGAUUUUUUUUACAGUAUGAUUUGAUUAUUUAUUUUAUCAUUCGAUAUUUAAGAUUGUAAGUAUGUACCCUUUAUUUAAAAAAUAAAAGAACAGAUAAAAUUAAUGUUCUAGAUUUGAUUGCAUCUUUAACAUUGUUCCCCAUUGGAGGAAGAAUUUUCAAAGUAUUUUUUUUUUGUGAUUAUACUGUUCAAAGUUUUUUAGUGCAUCCUGACACUUAAAGUGUAAAUACUGAUCAAUAUCAAGCAGUAUUUAUUUCGAUUAUUUGUUUAGAUACACAAAUGUUCAGAUAGAUUAUUUUAUUAAGAACAAAACAGGAAAUGCUUCAAAAAUUUUGUUUGUAAUAACUCAGCCCCCGGAAUCACAGACAAUAGAAAAUCUAUUGUGUCGUGGUCCGAUCGGGCCGCUCGGGGCUCAAUGGGUUAUACAAUACUAAUAUUCAUAUUGAGUGAUUAUAUUUUUUACUUUUUAUCUUUACAUGUACAAGAUGUAACAUUUUCUCUGCCAUAUUUAAUAAUAUUCUAAACUUGAUAAUCAUUUUUAAAUGUAUCUUUUGAUCUUUUUAUAACAGCACAAUUUUAAUAUUGCCAUAUUUUUUUUUCCUUUUAUCAUAUUAUCAUUAUUUUUAAAUGCACGUGUGUAUUUAUAAGAUCCUAAUAAUAUGAAAAACUCCGCCCCUUAAUAUCGUAAAAUAACUAGACAUAACAUUAAUAAUGUAAGGUUUAUUCACAGUUAUGAUUUCCGAAAAUAUAUUUUUGUUACUAAUUUUAUUUACUUUCUAACGUACUAAUCAUAGAUUUAUAUAUUUUUUUAUUUUUUUGUAGAACCUUUUCUGUUUACAACAAUGUAGUGUAGUAUGUAAAUAUUCUAAUUAUUAUUGUAUAGCUAUAUAGAUGUAUGUAUCUACAGGUUUUUAUAGCAUUUUGAAUUAAAAAAAAAAGAAUCGUAUAUAGAAGACGGCAAUACACCGCAACAUUUUUAAAAUUCAGUUAAUAACGAAAUUUUUAGAUCGUGAGACAGGAAUACAUGUCUUCAAUUUAUAAAAUUAAUUUUAUUUUUAUUCAAAUAAAUAAAGAUCGCAAAUCUUACGAAUUCAGUUACAAAUUUUAUAAUAGACGAAAGUUUAUAUGAUCGGGAAGAUUUUCAAUGUAAAAAUUAUUAGAAUCCAUUUCGCCAUACCCAAUUGAUGUGAUAGUUCUUGGGAGCAAGUAAAUUACAUAAGAAAAUUAUUAAGGGUCGCUCUAUAGUUUUUUAAAUAUCUUUUGUCCUCAAACAUAAAAAUUGUCUUUAUUUGGAUGAUAGGAAAUAUCAUUGAAUAUUUUACUGCGCAAUCUUAAAACUUAAUGGUUUUUUAUGUAUCAAUUAUUAUUUUUAAUUUUAUAUUUUUCAUAUAUAUUUUUAUAUUAUUUCAUAUAAUACGUAUACCUAUUGUUUCAUUCUUGUGUACUACAGACAUACAUUGUACCCAUAUUUAUUUUUGCAUAUCGAAGUUUAUUAGUGACUGUCAGAAAUUGAUUUCAUUUAUAUUGUAGUUUUAACUUAGCAUCGUUUUGUGUCAAUAACAUUAUUUUCUGCUUGCAAAACAUUGAUAAAAUUAAUUGAGAAAUAAAAAUGAGGCCUUCGUACUAGUUUGAAGACAAAAUAACUGAUGGUUAAAAUAAUGAUCAGUUUGUAUGAUUUAUGUCAUGCACGUGGGUGUUCACAAACAUCAGUUGUUUUGUUUUCUAAACUGGGUUUCACAACGAAACGACUAUUUUUAUAAGUACCUACUGUAAUAUCGAUAGAAUUCGAAAGUGAUCGUGUCCAGAAAUAGUAUUUUAUCCAGCAAUGCGUGACUCAUGGUUUCUACUACAUAUCUUAGCAAUUAUUUGCAAAGCGGUGAAUACACUGUGCGUGUAUGUUUACACUUGCACGUCAACUGUAGUGUGUUCACGGCCUAAGUGGUAAAUUGAGUGACUGACGUAGAAUAAGCGUUUGUUGUAGUUUGUGUUACGCACACCAAUAUAACUCGUCAAGGUUCAAGCCGAAUUCGUUUUCAAGUAGUUGAAUAUUUUCGCAAUAUUUUGAUGGGCCCGUCAUGAUCUGUUAUCAAUUUUAAAGGCGACAGUUUAGCGUGGGUGACUAAAGAGUUUAUUGAAUGUGCGCUUGAGUAAAUAAAUUCUCAUUAUUGUUGGCCGUUAUCGUUUAUCCCUUGUCGUUUGUUUUUAUAGACGUUUUGUAAACAUUUGCAUACGCAGCAAUUAUUGGAAAGUGAUGAAUGAUGACGGACGUUUUAUAAAUAUAUAUCGUAUUUAGGUACUUAUUGGUGGAAAUUAGAAUAAGUUAUAUUGGUGUUGGCUGACACAAGACCAGUGUUAUAUUUCUACCUUGUGAUGUCUGAAGUGCUGUGCGAGUUUUUUUCUGUGAAAAAAUAAAGAAAAUUAUAUAA